AUGUCGGGCGAUGAUAUGACUGAGCAAGUCGCCGAACUAAAAGUUGACAAGGAAAAGAAGCCUACAAAAAGGGAGUUGAAGAAGUUGGCAAAGCGAGCUGGGUAUGAAAGGGAGAUUUUGGAAAUGGGUGCUCAGCUUGGCGGGCAGUUCACUGUUUCCCAAGCUUCUCAAAGUUACUCAAAAAAGCAGCAAACUGAAAACAGCAUGGAUAUAAAGGUCGACAACUUCGAUAUAGCUGCUCAAGGCAAGCUGCUUUUCAACAAAGCCGAACUUACAAUUGUCUACGGGAGGAAAUAUGGACUUGUUGGACCUAAUGGGAUGGGAAAGACUACACUGUUGAAACACAUAGGAUCAAGACGACUAAAAGGAAUUCCUGAACACAUCGACGUCCUUUAUUGUGAGCAAGAAAUCGCUGUUGACGACACUUCUGCAAUUGACACCGUUGUAAAAUCGGAUAAAAAGAGGCUCGAUCUUUUGGCUGAACAGGAGCGUUUGACAAAAGAACUUGAAGAGGGCAACAGUGGUGUUGUUGAGCGUCUUCAGGAAACUGCAAGGGAACUUCGCGACAUCGGUUCGGAUGCCGCAGAGCCUCGAGCGCGGCGAAUCCUUGCUGGCUUGGGAUUUUCGAAAGAAAUGCAAGAAAAGGCUGUUAAGGACUUUUCUGGAGGUUGGCGCAUGCGGAUUUCCCUUGCUCGUGCGUUAUUCCUGGAACCAACUUUCCUCAUGCUAGACGAACCCACGAAUCAUCUGGAUUUGAAUGCUGUCAUAUGGCUAGACAGCUACCUUCAAUCAUGGAAAAAAACUUUGUUAAUUGUUUCUCACGACCAAGGAUUCCUAGAUAAUGUCUGCACAGACAUCAUUCAUUUGCAAGACCAAAAAUUGCAUUAUUAUAAAGGAAAUUAUGCUUCGUUCAAAAAAAUGUACAAUCAAAAGAUGAAGGAAUACCUAAAAGCCUAUGAAAGUCAGCAAAAGCAAAUUCAAGCCUUGAAAAAAAGCGGCAAAAGUGCCAAGCAAGCGGAGGAGGAGUUGAAAAAGAAUAUGCAAAAUAAACAGAAUAAACAAACGAAAGCGAAGAAAGGUUCUUCUUCAAUUGGAGAUGAAAGUGACGUUCCACCUCCGGAGUUGUUACAGCGUAUCAAGGAGUACAGUGUGAAAUUUUCAUUUCCGGACACCGAUAAGCUGGCCCCACCCAUUCUCGGAUUGCAUGACGUGACUUUUGGCUAUGGUGACAACGUUUUGUUUAAAAAUUUGGAUUUUGGUGUCGACAUGGAUUCACGCAUUGCUAUUGUCGGUCCAAAUGGAGUAGGGAAAUCAACGAUUUUAAAACUUCUGGCGGGAAAGAUUGAACCCUUACAAGGAGAACUCACGAGGCAUCGCCAAGUAAAGAUAGGGUGGUUUGAUCAACAUGCAAACGAGGCUUUGAAUGGGGAACAAAAUCCAAUUGAGUACUUGGGCUCUAAAUUCAAUAUCGAUCAUCAGCUGGCUCGAAAGAAUUUGGGAAUGGUGGGAUUGCCGGGACAUGCGCACACUGUUAAAAUUAAAGAUUUAUCUGGUGGUCAGAAGUCACGCGUCGCAUUGGCAGAAUUGGCCCUAGGAGAGCCUGAUAUGUUGUUACUAGAUGAGCCUACUAAUAACCUGGACAUUGAAUCUAUAGAUGCCCUAUCAACUGCUAUUGAGAACUUUGGUGGUGGAGUGGUGAUGGUGACUCACGAUGAGCGACUAGUGCGAGCUACCGAGUGCACUUUAUGGGUUGUGGAGAACCAGGGAAUUUCUGAAAUUGAUGGCGAUUUUGACACGUACAAAAAGGAGGUUUUAGAAGCUCUCGAUGAGCAUCAAGUCACUAAUUAA